AUGGACCGUGCAACAACCAGCUCACAGCGCAUAGUCAAACCAAGCGUCAAGAAGAGACGGCCCCCAUUGGCCUGUCUCCAGUGCUAUCAGCGUAAACUGAAAUGUGGAAGAGAGUUUCCUUCCUGCAGCCGCUGCGCGAAGACAGGAAAUAUCGACCGGUGUACCUACCGUGGAAACCUAACAGUAUCGUCGUCUUUGAAUGGAAUGCUCAGCGAUGACAAUUCGGCGAGCACUGGUGCCAUAACAACGUCGUUACGGACACCCGUCUCGUUACCAGAGACGCCGGAAAGACAUCCGGCCUUUUCCCACCGUGAUGCGAAAAUGACCCAUUUGAAAGGACAAGAGGCUACCACUAAAUUUUAUGGCUAUAGCUAUCCUCUGAACUUUUACCAACAGUUUACCGAACUUCCGUCCUAUAUCGUUAAAAUCAAGACUAAAAAUCCUGCCAUCAAUACUCUUCGUGACGAGAUUUAUCCUCUGGCCAAUGAUGAAUAUCGGCUUCGUCCGCUGGCACAUGAUUCUUUGUUUGAAGACACCUUAAGACAACUCAUUCCCAUAAAGCCGGUCGCAGACUUAUUAGUCCAGACGUAUAUUGAUAGAUUUGAGAUCAUACAUCGAGUGCUCAAUAUAUCGGCUUUUAUGGCUGAUUACAAUCACCACUGGGUCAGUCCACUUUAUACGCCCGCUUCCUUUCUAGUGAAGUUCCUUUUGGUGGCAGCAACUGCUGUAAGCUUUCAUCCCGAAAUAAACAUUGAUGUUAUGAGCCAACAAACCGUCCAUGACCUUACACUUGAUUGGCUAAAGGCCGCGGAAUCAUGGCUCAAUUCCUCGGCUAGUCAGCCUCCUCAAUCCUGGGACACAUUGGCGACUCAUUGUCUCCUGCUCAUUGCGAAGCGUGCAAACUACAUUCAAGAGAGUUCCUUCUGGACGUACACUGGGUCACUAGUCCGGUGGGCUAUGGCAGCGGGAUAUCACCGUGAACCUGACUCAACGGCGAGAAUAUCACCAUACUAUCGGGAGUUGCGUCGACGGCUAUGGAUGACGAUCGUUGAACUCGAUAUCCAGGCCUCAAUAGAACGGGGGAUGCCCCCAAGCGUCAGAACAGAGGAUUUCAACAUAAUGUCACCGCUGAAUAUCGACGAUGCCAAUCUCCAGGAGUUGGGCGAAGAUCCCCUGAAAGGUAUGCCGCUCACUACAUUGACAAACACUUCUUUCCAGGCCCUUUUAUACCAUUCUUUGACUGUCAGAUUGAAAAUAUGUGCGUUUGUCAAUGGAUCUCGCGAGAAAAGUGAGAAAAGUGAUUUUGACCGAGUCUUGCAACUUGAAGAGGAGCUGGAAGAGGCAUUCCGGGUCAUUCCAGAAUGGCGUAAUCUCCAAGAUAAUCCACGACAGCAGCAGACUAUUAUCUUGCAAUCCAAAACCCUCCUUCAUUCAAAUCUACAAUCUGCCGACGUGCAAGGUUAG